AAAAAAAAAAAAACUAAUUGUUCUGGCAUUUAAUUAUUUUCUUCACAAAACCAGUAAUAUACAGUGUAUAUUCCAUCUUUAUAACUCUUAAAUUUAUCAACCAAAAAAAAAAGGAGAGGGCAAUAAUGUCAUCAUCUGAUUCAAUCAAGUUGCAGCCUCCAAGUAAUGGCAAACUCAUCACCAUUCUCAGCGUUGAUGGAGGUGGCAUUAGGGGAUUAAUUCCUGCAACUAUUCUUGAAUAUCUUGAAUCUCAACUCCAGGAAUUGGAUGGUGAGGAUGCAAGACUUGCAGAUUAUUUUGAUAUAAUUGCAGGAACAAGCACGGGUGGUCUUGUCACAGCUAUGCUAACAGCGCCAAACAAAGACAAACGUCCUCUGUUUGCUGCUAAAGACAUAAAGCCCUUUUAUCUUGAGCAUGGCCCUAAGAUAUUCCCACAAAAUAAUAUGAUACUGAUUGGAUCAAUAAUGAAGGGAUGGCAAUUUCUAACAGGACCAAAGUAUAAUGGGAAGUAUCUUCAUCAAGUCAUACAAGAGAAAUUAGGAGAGACUCAUUUGCAUGAGACAUUGACUAAUGUGGUUAUUCCAACUUUUGAUAUCAAAAAUAUGCAGCCUACAAUUUUCUCCACUUUUGAGGCCAAAGGAAGUCCAUUAAUGGAUGCUAAGCUAUCAGAUAUAUGCAUUGGCACAUCUGCUGCUCCAACGUAUCUUCCUGCACAUCAUUUUCAGACCCAAGACAAAGAUGGCAAAUUUCAUGACUUCAAUCUUAUUGAUGGUGCUAUCGCAGCUAACAAUCCAACACUUAUUGCUACAAGCGAAGUGACCAAACAAAUACUCGAACAAAACCCAUAUUUCCACGAAAUGAAGCACCCUGGUUAUGGGAAUUUUUUGGUGAUCUCCAUAGGGACUGGAUCAGCAAAAUUGGAACAUAAAUUUGAUGCUAAAAUUGCCUCAAAAUGGGGUAUAUUAGGAUGGCUAAAAGAUGGAAGCUCAAAUCCAAUUAUUGAUGCAUUUGCUGAUGGUAGUGAUGACAUGGUUGAUUAUCAUAUUUCUGUUAUUUUCCAAUCUGUUUGUUCUCAAAAACAAUACCUUCGUAUUCAGGAUGAUACAUUAAGCGGAACAGACUCCUCUGUUGACAUAUCAACCAAAGAGAAUAUGAAUAAAUUGGUUCAAAUUGGAGAAACUUUAUUGAAGAAACCAAUUUCAAGGGUAAAUCUGAAGACUGGUCGUUUUGAAGAAUGUAAAAAGGGGAGAACAAAUGAAGAAGCUUUGAAAGAGUUUGCAAAGUUGCUUUCCGAAGAAAAAAGAAUCAGGAAUUCCAAGCCACCUACUACAAAUAAAUCGUAGAAAUGAAAUCAUGAUAUAAAAUAUAUGGGUUCUAGGCUUUAUGAUUUGAAAUUGUAAUUCAACUUCUAUAUUCUAGCUUUGGAUUGUUGGACCAGUGUAAUAAUAUUCAAAUAGUGUGUUAUGCAAAAAUACUUCAUAAUAUAUGAAAAUAUGUAAAAUUAUUGUUACAUCUUUGGUUAUAUAUAUUAUAAGGGCAAAAAGCAUUAAAAUUUCUUGA